AUGCGCUUCGCCUUCGCCUCCGCUCUGCUCUUCGCAGUCAGCGCCCUCGCCGCGCCCACCAGCGAGCUCGUCGAGCGCCAGUCCGCUACCACCUGCGGAUCGACAAGAUACAGCUCCGGCCAGGUCAGCGCUGCUGUCAACCAAGGCUACAACUACUACUCCAACGACCAGCAAGUGGGCUCGAACAACUACCCACACACGUACAACAACUACGAAGGUUUCGAUUUCCCGGUCAAUGGGCCAUACCAGGAGUUUCCAAUUAGAACCAGCGGCGUUUAUACUGGUGGUUCUCCGGGAGCUGAUCGUGUUGUUUUCAACACCAACGGCCAGUAUGCUGGUGCUAUCACUCACACUGGUGCCAGUGGAAACAAUUUCGUUGGAUGCAGUGGCACCAGAUAG